AUGACCCUCCUUCCCAGCGCAGUUCUCUUAUGCGUUCCGUUCGUUUACGCUUCACUCUCCAGUCUCAACAACACCAGUCCCCAUAUACUCGAUGCUAGCAACUGUCCGUCCUGCAACACCAGAUCCUUGUGGGACAUUCUCUUGAGCUGCGGCUUAACCUUGUUUGCCUGCACAUGGACUGCCGUCCAUCCUAACAUCCCGGGUAUGGACGAGGGCAAAAUUGCCAUUACUUCUCGUCGUCUAUUCAUCAUGGCCAUGGCGCUGAUCGCCCCAGAACUCAUGAUUACAUGGGCUACGCGGCAGUUUUUCAGCGCUCGAUGGACAAUAACCCAUGGGUUCUUCGCAUGGAUGGGUGGAUUUAUGCUCUACGUUGAUGGCAUGCCGCGAGCUACUCUUACUCCCGAUGAACUCCUGGAGUUCGUUCGUAGGGGAUCCGUGGACAUGCCAGUCAUCACAGAGGCAGAGAUGGAAGAUCGAAGUAAGGGUGAUGGACUAUCCAAAGGCAUCGCUAUUCUUCAGUUGGUGUGGUUUGUCGCACAGCUUGUCGCUCGUUACAUCCAGAACCUUCCGAUAACCCUGCUUGAAAUUGACACUCUGGCAGUAGCUGCCUUGACCUGCAUUCCUUAUGCUUUGUGGUGGAAGAAGCCUAAGGAUGUAGGACGUCCUUAUAUUGUUCAUCUGAAAGCAACUGCAGCUCCGCCAGGCCAGUUACGCUAUGAAAAAUUUAGCCAUAUCUCCAGGUCCUACUAUAGGCGGAUUAGGGGACAUAUCAUCUAUCCCUUUGUCUGUCUCAUGGGCAUUGCGGUAGAUCCUUCCCCCCGUGCUGCCCGUUCUCGUCGUGUGCCAUCCCUAGGUGGCUACGACAGAGGCUUUGUUUUUAAGUUUGACCACAACGGGGGCCCACUGACUAGGUAUCGUGUUGGUAAGAUUGUACUUCUUAUUGGAUGUUUCAGUGGGAUGGUGUUUGGAGGGAUACACUGUCUCGGUUGGAAUCACUUUUCCACAGCCAUGCAGAGCACAUUAUGGCGCACAACCUCCCUUUUGGUAAUAUGUGCACCAGUAGUUAUUUCGCUUGAUACCCUGUCAUUCAUGCACAGACGGAGGCCUUUGAUGAUGAUAUUCGGAUUUCUUCCUGGACACAUCGCCGCUCUCAUAUAUAUAACUGCACGUAUUACGCUAAUUGUACUCAUAAUUCUGAGCUUACAAUCACUACCUACUGGGGUAUACGAUACAGUAGCUUGGACUAGGUUUAUUCCGCAUUUGUAG